AUGGAAAACUAUACAUACAACAGCCUCACUCUUCAGCUUGAGGGGUUAAGGGUCACCAAGACUAACACAUACCCUGUCUUCUUAUUCUUGCUCUUGGCCUAUGUUUUCAUCUUAAUUGCCAAUGUGGGCAUUUUGGUCUUGAUAUGGACGGAGAGGAGCCUGCACCAGCCGAUGUACCUGCUCUUCUGUAACCUGCCGAUCAAUGAUGUCAUGGGAAACUCGCUCCUGGUUCCCCGGUUGCUCGCCGACAUCCUGGUGCCUCCCUCUGAGCGCCACAUCCACUACUAUGAGUGUGUAAUGCAAGCUUUUACUUUACAUAUGCUUGGCACCAAUGCACACACAGUCCUGAUGAUUAUGGCCUUUGACAGAUAUGUGGCCAUCUGCAGCCCCCUGCGCUACGCUGCCAUCAUGACCAACAAAAUGGUGAUCAAGCUGACAGUUGCUGCCUGGGGAGUGGCCUUUGUUUUGGUCGGGAUUCUGCUCGGUCUGACCAUACGCCUGAACCGAUGCAGGACUCUGAUCACCAACCCUUACUGUGACAACGCCUCGCUGUUUAAGCUCUCCUGUGAGAAUGUGUUCAUCAAUAACAUCUAUGGCCUCGCUUUCACUGUGGUUCUACUCACCUCCUCUAUUGGCAGCAUCGUUCUCACCUAUACUAAGAUUACAGUAGUCUGUCUGACCAGUAGGAACAAGUCUCUGAACAGUAAAGCCCUGAAGACCUGCAGCACUCACCUGUGCCUGUAUCUGAUCAUGCUCGCCAGUGGGAUGGUCCUCAUCACCCUCCAUCGCUUCCCUGAGUACGCAGAGUACAGGAAGAUUUCAGCCAUUCUCUUUAACGUUAUUCCUGGCAGCCUCAACCCCGUCAUCUACGGGCUGCAGUCCCAAGAAAUUCACAAGUGUUUGUCAAAUAUAUUCCAGCUCAGAAAAGUUAAAACAUCAUUUUAAUGUGUGAUGAAAAUUGUAAAUUAAUGUAUCUAUCUUCAUUUUCAUCUG